AAACGCCUGGCUGGGAAGAAAGGCAGGAACCAGAAGGCGCAGAGGCUCUGCCUGCCCUGCACUGUCACAUCACACGCUCUGUUGUGUGUGUGUGAGUGAGUAUCCCUCUCCCUCCCCUCUGCUGACAACCGUCUCCGCAGCCAGAGAGGAGGAGGAGGAGGAGGCAAAGCGUCUAUUGCUCUCAGUUACUCUCUCACUCAUUGCUGAAAGGUGGGCGGAGGGUACCUUUCCCCCUGGUGCCUUUUCUCACGUUGACAAGCUGGGGCCCAGCACCGGAGAGGGGGGGAAAAAAGAACAAAGAAAGAAGAGGAGGGAAAGCACCAAAUCCGGACCAAACAUCCCAGGCAGAAGGAAGCUGUCAGCUCGCCGUGACACAACACAUAGCCCAUUGAAGCGCCCUGGGUAGCAGCUACGGCUGGGAAGGGAGCCCUCUGCCCGCCUUUCAAGUUGCAAAGCGAAGAUUGCUCCGCAAGCAAGAAAAGGCAACUUGAUUUGUGCGUGGGGUGCCCGUUGGGUAGCAAGCCUUGCCAGCUGGUGCAGUCCGGUGCUCGAGACCACGAUGAAAAGUAAAAAAGGUGUAGCUGCAAUAUCUGGCAGUGAGACGGAGGAGGAUGACACCAUGGAUGUCCCACUGGAUCUUUCCUCUUCCACUGCCUCAGGCAAACGGAGGAGACGUGGUAACCUGCCCAAGGAGUCAGUGCAGAUUCUUCGGGACUGGCUGUAUGAGCACCGAUACAAUGCCUAUCCAUCAGAGCAAGAAAAAGCACUAUUGUCCCGACAAACACACCUUUCUACACUACAGGUCUGCAACUGGUUUAUCAAUGCACGCCGCAGGCUUUUACCUGACAUGCUGAGGAAGGAUGGCAAGGAUCCAAAUCAAUUCACUAUCUCACGAAGAGGGACCAAGAUUUCUGAAGGCAGCCCAGUGGAGUCUUCCACAGGCACAAAAAACUACAUUCCACUGUUGGAAGAGAACUCAUUUCUUUCUGGUACCACAGGACUAAACAAGGCUGUCUCUUCUAAACCUUCUUCCCCAGGAUCUGUUUUGGCUCGACCUUCAGUGAUUUGCCAUACCACUGUAACUGCAUUGAAAGAUGCCCCUUUCCUUUUGUGCCAGCCAGCUGGUGUAGGCCCAACCACCGACCUGCAGCAGACAUCAGCUAGCAGAUUCACAGACAACACUCUUGAAUACCACGAGGAUGCUUCUAAACUGGGACCUGGUACAAAUGCACAAAGUGGCCUUUUCAACACUCCUCCUCCUACUCCACCAGACCUCAACCAAGAUUUUAGUGGAUUUCAGCUUCUGGUGGAUGUUGCACUCAAAAGGGCAGCAGAGAUGGAGUUGCAGGCAAAACUUAUGGCCUAAUUCCCCCUUUUUUUUCAGGCAGGAAUUUAACACAUAUGUGAUUAUUGCUGCCCAUGUGAUAUCAAAAGACUAACUGCAUUUUUUAUUAUUAUUAUUAAUCUUAUUUGCACAAGGGAUUGCUGAAAUGAAGCUUCCUGUCACUGAGGUGGUCUUCAGUGAAAUAUGGUCAUUCCAAGAAUUAUAAACUUAAAGCUACUGUAGAAACAAAAGGUGUUUUUGUUUGUUUGUUUGUUUGUUUUUAUGUUUCUUAGUAGGUUUUUCAUAAUGUGAGAUGGUUCCCAAGAUCAUGUGAUUUUUGUUUUUGUUUCUUUCAGACUGUGCAAUAUCUAGUAAUGAUGUAGACUUCUUAUCAUUCCCGUGUGGAACAGAAUAUACCGACAUGCUGUCUCAAACAAAUGUUCAGUUUUUUUAAACAAUAUGAACCUGGAUGAUUAUGCUUUUUUUCCACGAUGUAAUAAAAUAUUUUCUUUAAAAA